UGCCGCCGCCGCGAAACUUUCCGCAUGCAUAUGGAUGAACCCGGCCCCGCGCUCGCCCGGCCGCGGGAGAUGGUUUAAUGCGCCUUUAAAUAAAUUAAUAGAAGUUUUGGGGCGAUGCCGGGGCGAGGCGCGGAGGGGCCGCGUGUGCGCAGCCCAGCGCGGGGGGAGGCUGUGUUGGGGGUGGCGAGUCCCGGCAUCACCGCGGCCACCGGCGCGGAGAGGGGCGGAAACUCCGCGGUUCCCACGGCCCGGGAGGAGCCCCCGCGCUGCUUCCGCAGCCGCGCAGAGAGCCCGGAGAGAGACUCCUUCGGGAAUGUGUGCGGACAGCGAAACGACACAUUUUUGUUCUCCUGGUGGAGGCUGGCUGGGAGGAGCACGCCGCCGGUGCCUGGGCUGCCGCUGGAGCCGGAGGAGAGGGAUGCGCUCCGCGGGCAGCAGCAGCCUCCAAAGGAAAUCACUCAAGGGAAACUUCGCCAGAGAAAAAAAACCACAUUCAAUUUCCUGACUACUGCUUUCCUGCCUGAGUUAUUUAUUUUGGCAACCGCACGUUCAAUAAAUGAAAUAUUCAGUCAACUGACCUCCGUGCCAGCUCAUAUGAUUCUUUCAGGGGCAGUCAUUCCACGCUGGGAGGACAGGAGGUGCAACAUCUCCCUGGGCUUCCACUACGGCUCCGGGCAUUUUGACUUCCCAGCACCUCGGGGGGUGGGGGGCACACGCGGGCGAGGGGCGGCGGUGCGCGCCCAGCGGCGGGGCACCCCCAGCUCCCCCCCGCGCAUCCCCGCGGCGCCCGGGCCCGUCCGGGGGAGGGGCGUGGGCGCUGUCACUUACCGGGGCGCCCCGCACCACGUGUGCGCUCGCCCGGGCUUCCAUUGGCCCGAGGCACGUGUCGGAGCGCCCGGGCCGGCGACGUCAGCGGCGGGGGCCCCGUUAAAACCUAAAGGACAACAACCCGAGUGGAAGUGCCCGGGCGCGGCGGCGGCGGCCGCAGGGGCGUAG